AUGAGUGUCACAUCAGUAUAUAGAUACAUCAUUGAUGAUGUUAUUAGAAAUAUCAGAAUCGAGUUUGUCAAUGAGGGUCUUGAGGAUAGAAUUAUUGCUGAAUUACAACAUAUGUGGGAAUCAAGAUUGAUGCAAUCUGGAGCUGUACAGGAACCAACACCACCACCAUCAACUACUUCCACAACAACAACUGCAGGUACACCAGUUGCAAACAUAUCGACUGCCGCCACUACCGCUGCCAAUAAAGAUUCAUCACCAACAUCGACAUCCACUUCAAAUUCACCACCAAACAACAACAAUAGUAGUUCAACCACAACAACCAAUACAACACCAUCAUCCGAUAUAACACCCGAACAUGUUAGAUCGACAUUAAAUACAUUGAGACAAUUUAAUAAUAUACCAGGAGCACCAAUAACAACAACCACUACAACUACCACCACAACAAAUGCACCACCACCAUCAGCAGCAGCAAACAACAACAAUAAUCUACCAUCAAACUUUGGAAGACCAUCACAGUUUAUGCCACCAACAAGAGAGUCUGGUGGAUUGCCACAUAUGGAGUUACCAGCACCUGGUUCCUCUCAUUCACUGCGUUCCAUCAUGAACAUCCCUCAGAACGACGGUUCCUCAGAGGAACCACCACAACACACAAAAGAAUAUAUAGACAAUUUAGUUUUACAAAAGAUAAAAGACAGAAAACAAGAUAUAGAAUGUAGUUUUAGUAUUAAUAUUCCUCAAUUGGAUGGUAACGAUGAUGAAUUAGAUGAUGAUUCUUUAUUGGAAGAACAUCGUCCAGAUAAUAAUAAUAAUAAUAGUAAUAUCGAGUCAUUGGGUAGUGAUUUGGAUGACGACGAAGACAAUGAUCCAGAUCCUGUGAUUGAACACUUUGUAUUGUGUCAAUAUGAAAAGGUUACCAGAGUAAAGAACAAGCGUAAAUGUAAUUUCAAAGACGGAGUCAUGCAUCUCAACGGACGUGACUCUUUAUUCCACAAAGCAAACGCUGAGUUUGUUUGGAAAUAA